ACCGAGUAGAUCAAGAUGUGGAUGGAAAUACUGAUAAAGAGGAUUUCGAUAUGGAGUUUAAUGGACAAAAAGCCGUACCUGCUGCGACAAUGUACAAGUCUGGGACAAAUGUUCCCAUCAAACAUAGAGGGCAGAAAGAUGAUAUGUUUUACGGUGGAGGUAGUGCCCCUGCUGAAGAUUAUCAUCACUCCAGCUCUGGAGGAGGUUCUGCUUAUCCCCACAGUGGUCAAGGUGGAGGAGGAGGAUAUCAACAUAGCGGAGGAGGUGGAGGAUACCAGCACAGUGGUGGAGGUGGCGGUUACUUUGGAGGACACGCUCCUGAUGGUCACGGAUAUAUUGAGGCGCCUCCAGUGCAUGAACACGAGCACGUUUACGUCCAUCAUACAUAUCCAUCAAAGUCACAUGGUCAACAUUCUGGUGGUGGGAAGGAGAAGGAGUUGGCAGAUCUUUUUGAGAUCGCACUGACUGCUCUGGCCUACUUGUCAUUUGGGAUGUUUAUUGUUCAUGUAGUGAUGUGCAUCAGCGCCAUAAACAACGUUGCAACAACGACCAUGGCAAGCAUGAUGCCGAUGAGUAUGAGCCCCACAGCAGCGGCUGCAGGUAUGACGGGUAGUACAGGGAUGGGUGGUGGGAUGACAGGCACAGGUAAUGGAGGUGGUACCACUAGCACAGGGAACGGGGGCACCACAGGCACUGACGACGGAGGUGGCACUGGUGGGGGAGCUACUGGAGGUGGAGCAACUGGAGCAGGAGAUACAGGGGCAGGAGCGGACACUGAUGGUGGAGGUGAUACAGAGGGUGGGAGUGACACAAACGGUACGGGUGACACUGCGGCGGAAGGUGAUACGGGAGCGGGGGGAGAUACUGACAAUGGAGAUGCUACAGGAGGAGACGAAAAUAACAAUGGAGGAGAUGCAGACACAGGUGGAGGUGCGGAUAUGAAUGGAGGUGACGCAGACGCUGGUAUGACUAGUAAUGGUGGAGACACAGGGAAUGGAAAUGGAGAUGCAGGUGACGCUACAAGUGACACUGGUGACACAGGUGAUAAUGGUGGCACAAAUGGAAACGGUGACAAUACCACAGGAGGUGCAGCCCCAGAUGAUCCGGGGACCGGUGAUGGAACAACAGGUGGCACGGCUGGCGGAACUGCUGUAGAUGACCCAAUUGCCGAUGACGCAGGUGGCGCUGAUGACGAAGUAACUGAUAUGUUUCAAUUCCGAUUGAAGAGGGACAUUCCGACGUUAGUCAAUGCUAACAACUAUUAUAUAAACGAACUAGCUAGAAGAGUCUUGAUAGCUAUAGAAACCGCAAUGAUAGCGAACGAUGACCAAGGUGCUUGCUUGAAGAAGAACCUAUGUGAGACCAACAAGUGGUCCAGAAGCUUGGAGGGAAGGCAAAAGAUUAUUAUGCCAGUAUUCAGCCUAGGUUUGAGUUGGAUCUCAGGUCGCCUAAUCAAGACUGUAUCAUCGGCAACAUCUAGACUGGAUGCAUUGAAAGCUGCGGUGUUGGGUCUUGGCAAAGCCAACUGUGAAAUAAUUUAUCAAGAAUGCGAUCUGCGGCGAGAGGUAUUCAAAAGAAGGCUGCGGAGACGCAGAAGACAGACAAAAUAAGAAAAUGAUAUUUGUAUUUAUUAGUAUAGAUUAAAUUAUGUGUUACAGAUUAUGUAUCUGCAGUUUUUUCC